AUGAAUCGCACCACUAUAGAGGAUCACCCUCUAUCAUCAUCACCAAAAGACUAUAAUGAAUCACAAGAACUUGGUCUCCCAUUCCAGGGUUAUGACAAUUUGUCCUUCGAUAAUGUUAUGCCAGUGUCCAUUCUGGUAGACCAUCUUUCUAUUCAUCUAAAUGGGUCGUCACUUUUGAAGAAAAUCGGGAGCACCAAGAAGAAACAGCAGCAAGAUACCGAGUCUUCAAUUAAGUCGAGUUUACUUGAUGAUAUCUCUUUUCAAAUCCCCCCUGGGAAACUCUUUGCCAUAAUGGGAGGAUCAGGAUCAGGUAAAACUACGUUGCUCAAUACUUUGGCCAAAAGAUCGUCGAUCAAUAAUUCCAAACUCUGCCAAUCCGGUACAAUUUUGUACAACGGCUCAUCAAACCUCAACUCCAUCAACCAUGCCUACGUCAUCCAGCAAGAUAUUUUAAUCCCCAAUCUCACUUGCUAUGAAACCCUCAAGUAUGCCGCCACUCUCAGAUUGUCACUGAAGGUUAGCGAAGCCAAACAGGAAGAAUUGAUUGAUCUGAUCAUCAAUGAAUUAGGGCUCAAGGAUUGCAAGCACACCAUGGUGGGUAAUCAUCUCCAUAAAGGGCUUUCCGGAGGUGAAAAGCGUCGGCUUAGUAUCGCGAUUCAACUUUUAUCGAACCCGAGUCUUUUGUUUCUUGAUGAACCUACAACAGGACUAGACGCUCAUUCAGCGAUCUUGUUGGUCCACACGUUGAAAAAUUUGGCGAAAAAGGGCAGAAAUAUCGUGCUAAGCAUCCAUCAACCCCCAUCAGAUGUGUUCUUUCUAUUUGAUUACUUAUGCAUUUUGAGCCGUGGGUCACCAGUGUAUUGUCACCGCACUGAUGCAGCCUUGGAUUAUUUUGGCAAAAUGGGUUAUAAAGUCGAAGCAAAUGUCAAUCCCGCGGAUUAUUUGAUUGAUGUCACUAGUGUCGAUAACCGGGAUUUACAAAGUGAAACCAGAACUUUGCAGAAUUUAGAAAUGCUCAAAGAAAAUUGGAGGAAUUUUGAACAAAACUUGGAAAUUUAUCAAGAUAAUAAUAAUGAGAAAACCAUUGACAAAACUAAUGCCAUUGAAAAUUCCGGCAAUUUAUACAACUCUCUGGAAAUUCUUAAACAUUCAAGGGCUAACAUUUGGAGAGAAAUCAUAACCCUCACCAAAAGAGAUUUAGUGUUAACUUCCAGAGAUCCCUUGACUUCUUUGGCUCUCUGGGGUGAAGCCGCAUUUGUUGGGGUCAUUUUAGGAUGGGUUUUUUACCGUCCAGAUAACUCCUUGACGGGUAUCAGGUCAUUGACUGGGUGCAUUUACAAUGUUAAUGGUCUACAAGGGUACCUCAUGUUAAUUUUUGAAACAUACCGCCUUUGCUACACUGAUAUUCGGGUGUACGAUCGUGAACGGGCAGAAAACUCCGUUACGGUUCCCGGAUUCCUCAUAUCUCGACGGUUAUCGAGGUUUAUAUCACAGGACGUGGCAGUACCAACGAUUUUUACGAUUUUUACUUAUUUCAUGAUUGGAUUCAAGAGCACCGCCAAAGAAUUCUUCAUUUAUUGGGCCAUCAAUUUACUCAAUCAUCAAAUCGCCAUGGCGUACGCCGUGUUUGCAGUAUCUUUGUCAAGAGACUACACAAUUGCCGCAUUACUCGGGAACAUCAACUUCACUUUCCAGACUUAUUGCUGUGGUUUCUUUGUUAAUCUAACCACCAUGCCGGUGUAUGUUCGAUGGAUCAAGUAUUUGUGCUAUGUGUGGUACGGUUACGGGGUCACCGUAUCAUCACAAUUCACAGGGUUUUUCGGUGAUUGUCCUUAUAAUGAUGACCCUCUGGACCCUAGAUGUGUGACAUACACCGGAGCUAACAUCAUUGAAAACUUGGGGUUCUGGGAAAAUUGGAUCACUUUGCCAUUAUGUGUGAUGUUUGCGUUCAUUUGGAUAUUCCAUGGGUUGGCAGCGGUGGUGUUAAUGACAAGAAGGGUGGAUGUGGCAAUUGCCAAACAGUCCAAAAAGAGUAAACCAAUGACUCGCAAUGAUGAGGUCGAAGUCGAAGUAACCACCGAUUCGAAAUCAAUAUCCAGUUUCAAAGAGAAUAAACCAGCUUUAGAUGGUAUCGAUAUUUACUUGAACAAUAUUUCCCUCAAAGUUAAAGUGUUUGAUAUUUCUUUCCAAGGGAUCUUCAAAAGAGUAAUCAGUGGAGAUUUUAAAUUUUUGAAGCGUCGUAAAAAGUUCUCUUCCAAUCUUGAUCCUCAAGCCAAAGAAAUCCUUCAUCAUGUCCAUGCCACUUUCCAACGUCACAAAAUCAACGCAAUCAUGGGACCGUCUGGCUCUGGGAAAACUACGCUACUUAACGUUAUCAGUGGUAAAUUGAAAUCCAAUUUUGUGACCGAAUAUACCCAAGAGGGGGAAAUUUUGUUCAACGAGUAUCCUGUCACCAGUGACCUUCUUGCAGGAAUUUGUUCGUAUGUUCUUCAAGACGAUGAUAGUUUAUUGCCUUCUUUAACCGUUCGUCAGACAUUGGCGUUUGCUGCCAAACUUCGUCUUGCCAAAGUUCUAACUAAAAAAGAAAUCGACGCAAGGGUCACCGAUGUCAUUAUGAAACUUGGGUUAAAGGAAUGCCAAGAUAAUUUGAUUGGAUCAGAGCUUGUGAAAGGGAUUUCUGGUGGUGAAAAGCGACGUGUAUCUAUUGGUAUCCAAUUGCUCAAUGAUCCCCAAGUGAUAUUUUUGGAUGAACCAACCUCGGGACUUGAUAGUUUUACAGCGUUGUCAAUUCUUACGAUUUUGGAAAACUUGGCCACUGUUGAAAAAAGGACGGUGGUGUUAACAAUCCAUCAACCACGGUAUAGCAUCUUUGAAAGGUUUGGGCAGAUAUUACUUUUGUCAAAGGGGGGGAAUGUGGUAUUUAACGGGCCACCGUCAUCUAUGGCUAGUUAUUUUGAAAAAUUGGGUCACAUAUGUCCUAAAUUGACAAAUUUUGCUGAUUUCGUAUUAGAUUUGGUUUCUGUGAAUACCCAAGCCCCGGAAUUAGAGAAAUCGACUAAAGCUAGAGUGAAUAGUUUAGUUAACAGUUGGAAUGGGGGGAAGCCUCCCCAAUUUAAUGAUAAGCUGAUAAAGAAUAUUGACGAUUCAGAAGCAGUGUUUGGGAAGUAUCGGAAAGUUCCUGCGUCAUUUAGGGUGGCAUUCCCAUUAGUGUUCGGUCGUCAGUUUUCUAAUGUAACGAUUGGUGAGCUGAUUGCUAAAGUUCUUCAAUCAGCCGGUACUGGGAUUCUUUCGGCGUUAUUUUACGCGCCUCUCAAACACGACUAUGUCGCAGUGGUGAACAUCAUUGGAUUGACCCAACAAGUUUCGGCAUUGUAUUUUGUGGGGAUGUUGAAUAACGUGGCUCUAUAUCCUAUCGAACGUGACUUCUUUUAUGAAGAGCAUGCCGAUAAAGUGUACGGGAUCACUCCAUUCUUUGUACUGUACUCCAUUAUCGAAACAGGGUUGGAACUCAUUGCCUCUGUGGUUUUUGCGGUGUUGACGGUGUUUGCGAUUGGUUUACCACGCACUUGCCUGGUGUUCUUCAGUUUUGUUUACGUUGGUUGGAUGUUCAUUUCUUGUGGUGAAUCUUUGGGGAUUUUCUUCAAUACAAUUUUCCGACACACCGGGUUUGCCAUCAACAUCAUUUCUAUAUUUGUCAGCAUUUCGGUGAUUAUCUCCGGUCUUAUUGCGUUACAACUUCCGCCAUUCUUUAAAGGUAUCAACUGGGUGAAUCCUAUGCAUUAUGGGGUGAUGGCAAUCAGUAAUAUUGUUUUCCAAAAUGAGGAUAAAUUCACUUGUACUGCAGACUCGGGGGCUUCGGGAAAUGGUGAUGGUUGUAUUUUCAACAAUGGUCAAGAUGUGAUCGACACAUAUGGGCUCGGAGUGGAUUAUAAAUUAUAUUUUGGGUUAUUGGCGGUGAUGGCGGUGUGCUAUCGUGCCAUAGCGUUUAUUGUGUUGUGGAUGAGGGUCAAUAACUAUAAAUCUGGAGUUGUUAGAAAGUGUAUCGGGGCUAUUGUUGGAUAG